UGAUGUUUCCAAAGGGAAACGGAGGGGCCAGAACCCCAUGGCUGCAGCUGGCUCCUUGCAAAAGCCAUGGUGACCUUGGACCCGUCAGGUCUGCUUUCGCUUGCCUGCUUUCGCUUUUAAAUAAAACCUGCUGCCCUGACCAGCUUGUCAGGAGUUCCUCCUCCUCCUCCUCCUCCAGACGGCCAAAAGGCUGAGGCCAUGAUUCUCUUGCUGCACACUUUCCUCCUUACCUGGUUUGUGGACCUUAUCCAAGCCAAGCUCUUCAGCCGCUGCGAGUUGGCCCACGUGCUGAAGGACAACGGGAUGGAUGGCUUUGAGAAUUAUAGCCUGGCCGACUGGAUCUGCAUGGCAUUUUAUGAGAGUGGCUUUGACACCGAGGCUGUUGACCGGCACGGAGAUGGCACCAACGACUAUGGCAUCUUCCAUAUCAACAGUGGCUGGUGGUGUGAAGAGGAGGGCAGUAGCAAAGCGUCAGAGAACCUGUGUUCGGUAUCAUGCUCGGAUUUACUGGAUCCUGAAAUUGGUAGUGCUAUCACUUGUGUCAAGACGAUCGUGAAUGCUUCCCAAGGAAUGAGUGCCUGGGAUGGGUGGACGAAGCACUGUCAAAACGAGGACCUGUCCAUUUGGGUGAAAGGGUGUAAGAUUUGAAAAUGUAACUAUCUUCAGUCUGUCUGCUCUCUGUCAUGUCAACAGUGCACAAUAUAUUUGUUAAUUAUUG